CCUUCCACAAAACAUGGCAAGAAAGUGAAUGCCUGCUACUGUGAACCAUCUCCUCUCAGACAUUCAGUAGUGACUCUCCCAAAUCUGCUUGUAUUGUAGCAUACUUUUCAAUGAAAUCCCAUGAAAAAUUUGCAUUUAUUCUCAUAAAUUUGCUGAGAUUUUAACCACAGGAGUGAAGUAAGAGGCGGUUGUUAGGGAGGUGGUGAAGCUGGCGCCUGCUGCUUGCCAGAGCUUCUGCAGUUAAUAUCUUCAAUUAGUGCUGAUUACGGUGCUUAUCAACAACAGAUCUUGAAAUUUAUCGUUCGAGAUGCAAGAAGUUGCACAAACGCAUCCACCAACAUCUUCAUCACUCAGAUUCCCUAGGACCAGCGAGCUGGGCUCUAUUGAUUUCUUCUUAGAGAAUCUCCAGGAACUAGCAACUUCUGAGGCCGCUUCAGUUGCUUUUCCAAAGGAUCAAAUCCAAAUAAUCCAAGAAGAUCUUAUAUUCUUAAGAUCUCUUCUAGGGAAAAUUGUGAAGCAGCGCAACCAAAAUGGAAAAAUCCAAGCUCUUUGGGAUCGUAUUAUGGAGGUGGCCUACAAGGCAGAGUUAGUCAUCGACUCUGUUGCACUUGGGGAUAGACUUGAAUGUUUGGAUACUAUUGCUGGAGAUAUCAAGCAUAUGAAGACUGAGGCCCUUAAAGUCUCUGACAGCAUCAGGAAUGACGAUGAAGCUCAGAGAGUUGCCAACAACUCUAUUCACUUCAAAUCACAACUCAGUAGCCCAGCACUGAAUGAAGUUCUGGUGGGUCUUGAUGAAGAAGUAAAGACAAUUGCAGAUAGACUUACUAGGGGUUCAAACCAGCUAGAUAUUGUUUCAAUUGUGGGUAUGGCUGGACUUGGUAAGACAACAUUAGCCAACACAAUUUACCAUCACCCUUUAAUUUUAGGCCACUUCCAUUUCCGUGCUUGGUGUACUAUUUCCCAAGUAUACAGCAAGCAGAAUUUGUUAGUUCAAAUUUUGUCCAGUAUUGGUAGUGGAAGUCAUGAUCAAUAUAUUAAGAUGCAUGAAGAUGAUUUGGUUGUGAUGCUCUUCCAGCUUUUGAAGAGAAAUAGGUAUCUUAUCAUUUUGGAUGACGUGUGGGACAUUGAGGCAUGGAAUUUGUUGGAAAGAUCGUUGCCAAACGAUGCAAAUGGAAGCAGGAUUCUGUUCACCAGCAGGAUUGAGAAUUUGCCUUUGCAAUUUAAAUCUGAUAGUCAGCCUCACCAUCUCUGCCAUCUUAGUGAUAAAGAGUGUCUUGAAUUGCUUCUGAGGAAGAUAUUUGGCAAAGAAGAUUGUCCUCCAACACUAAUCAAAGUUUUAAUGCAAGUAGCAAAUAAGUGCAAGGGGCUACCUCACACAGUUGUCAUUUUUGCUGGAAUUCUUUCAAGAAUUGAGCCAGACUGCUGGCAAGAAUUUGCAGACAGCCUCAAUUCCAACACUUCUAAUAGCACUGAACCAUUGGAGCUGAGUUACAUUCAUUUACCUGAAUAUUUGAAGCCAUGCCUUCUUUACGUAGGUGCAUUUCGAGAAGACCAAGACAUUCCUGUCCGAAAGUUGUCAUGGCUUUGGAUCUCUGAAGGAUUUGUCCAAAAGAUAGAAGGGAAGAGUCUAGAUGAUGUGGCAGAAGACUACUUGAAAGAUUUGAUUGGUAGAAGUUUGGUAAUGGUAACCGAACAAAGAACUCUUGCUGGUGCCAAAAUUUGCCGACUUCAUGAUUUAGUACAUGAGUUUGUUGUGGCAAAGGCCAAAAAAGAAAGUUUUCUACAGAUUUCAUAUGGGAGUAAUGACCUUCUACAGAUUUCAAAUUGGGGUGAUGACCUUUCUACUUCUACUGGACCCAGCCCCCACCGACUGUGUAUGUAUUCCAUGAGCGGAAAGGAGCUUGCUAUGUCAAGGCCAUUUUUUCCUAGACUACGUUGUUUGCUCUACUUUGGUUAUGCUUGUAUGGGUUCAGAAAAGCUGCAUGAUGGCCCCAUUUGGUUUCUAAAAUCAAAACUUCUUAGAGUUUUAGAUUUUAGGGACAUGCGUGUUUCUGGCAAUUUUCCAGGCAAAUUAUUAUUGCUUGUGCACCUAAGAUACUUGGCAAUUAGCUUGUGGUAUUCAGCAUCCAUUCCAUCUGCCAUAGACAACCUCUCAAGGUUACAUACAUUUCUGGUAGGAGGCAAUGCUGUUGCUCAGUUGCCUAAUACUAUCUGGAACAUUAAGACACUGAGACAUCUAAGGAGAACAGAGUCUCCACAGUUUAGUGGUUCAACACUUGGACAUCAAAGGAAUAAAACAUUCCCGCCGAGUGGUUUUACGUUACCCACUCGCGACAUUGAAGACUCCCCAGAUCUAGAUCAUUUAGACUCUUUUAGCCUUGCAAUUAACUGCUUUGGUGAACAGUUGCAGAAGAUACUGAAGAAGUUACCAAGCAUUCGUAGGCUAAAAUGCGUGCAUGCAGAUGCUGGAAAUCAGACUGGGAUUGUCAAGCUAGACAGUUUGAGUCGACUAGAAUCACUUCAGCUGCAUCGCUUUUACGGCUGCAAGUUGGAAGUCCCAAUGAAUUUGAAAAAGCUCACUCUCUCACGCAAUAAAUGGCCGUGGAGUGAAAUUUCAACAAUUGGAAAAUUGCCCAAUCUUGAAGUGCUUAAAUUAGAAAAGAAGUCCUUCUUGGGGGAAAAAUGGGAAAUGCAAGAAGGGGAAUUCUCUAAGCUCCGAUUCUUGGAAUUGUCAAGAUUGAAUCUUUGCAACUGGACUGCCUAUAAUUCUGAUAAUUUUUCUCAUCUUGAGAAAUUGGUUUUAUAUAGCUGUCUACGGCUGGAAGAGGUCCCUCUUUGUUUAGGGGAAAGUUCUACCAUUGAAAUGAUUGAGGUGGAAUUUUGUCACAAGUCUCUCGUAAGUUAUGUAGAACAAAUUCAGCAAGAACAGAUGGAGAUGGGAAACCAGGAUUUGAUAGGCGGCACAAUUCUAUUUAUGCUGCAAAAUUGACAACCCUUUUAGGCUUUUGUGGCAUUAGUGCGGCAGAAAAGGAAAAAGCCGUUAUUAAGAACACUCUAAAUGACUGGGCUGUAAAUUAGUUUAUAUUUCCUGGGGCUAAAUAAAUUUUCCUGAGUAGAAAUUACUUGUCUUUCGGGAAUCUAUUUCCCGAGCAAAUAUUCCAUUUUCUCUCUCCCUUCUUCCCUUCUUUCACUGCCUCUUCCAUUUUCUCUCUUUACAGCCAGAAGAGCUCAAUCUGUAUCCCUACUCAAUUGUGUUUCUCCUCCAUUAUCUCUAGGAGUUCUCUGUUUCAUGAAAAGAAAGAAGGCUAGAUUUAAUCCCUAUUUGUGUUUUAAUCUCAAUUUUCUUCAUCAUUCAUAAAUUCCGGUCAAUAGCAGCAUCAUUUUUGAGGAUUUUACUGUCAAUCUCUCUUCAUUUCCAAGUCUUUGUGCAUAAAUUGAAGGAUCCAAACAUCACAGAGCUGGUUUCACUUCUCCAACACUGAAUUCCUAAUUAUCGCUGAGGAAUCUCUCUUAGGUGUUGCCAUUUAAAUGCGAGAUUCUUGCAAUUUUGGGAGGUUAUGGAUUGGCGGCAAUUGGAAAGUUUUUGGAAAUUUGAACUGUUGAAAAGGAAAUCCAUGUAGGUGCUUUCCUGGGGCAAUUGAGAAUUUAUAUAGCAAGUAUGGCAGGAAUUUCUAUGGAAUAUGAGAACUCCUUAUAUCUUCUGUUGACGGCAGUAAGUAGAGGAGUAGAUCCUCAUAUAUGGUCUGAUUUUUGCUGAGCAGAUGCUGAAUAUGUGGGGCUAUAAAAUGAAUUAGGUGCAUCUGGUUGAGUUUAUGUGGAUUGGACGGUUAAAAUGAAUUAAAUGCAUCUUGGCACUGGUGUCACAUGCAAAUUUACUGGAGUUGAAGGUCCAAUUCCUUCCUAGCUAGCUGAAGAUCUACUUAGCAUUUUUUUUUCUUGCAAAAUGGUAGGAGAAGGAAGCAGGGUACAAAGAGCAAGUUUACAAGGAAAGGAUUGUGAGGGCAUGCAAACAAUUCAUUUGAGGUGCAUGGUUGAUUUGUGAAGAUAUUCUUGAGGGAUGCAAAUGUAGAAAAUUUACUUUUGAAACCCAGGCAUUUGGAUAGAUGAAUUUUUUGCAAUGGAACUGAAUUUUUAAUUUGAUUUUGGCAGAUAGUAUUUCCUUUAUUGGAUGACAGCAAUGAAGCCUAUGGCGCUGAUUCCACUCAUUAGGAUAGUUUUACUUCUGUAGAGUGCUAUUCAUAUGUGUUGAAUCAGUUCAGUUGCAUUAGUAUUCAUGGUUCCUUGAAUUGAAUUUUUGUAGGUUCAGAAUUCUCGUGAUUGCAGUGACAACCAUGGUCAUGGCAUUGUCUGUCACACUAAUAUUCUCUCCAUGCUCUUCUUUUCCUCUUUAUCGAGUUGAUCUGGAAUAAUCUUAAGGGAAUAAUCUAUAUAUCAUCCGAAUUUCUGAAAUCUUCUGUUGCACUUAUCAGUUCCUUCUAUGUAUUGUAGUCAGAGUAAUAUAGAAAAUUGUAGAUGGCUUCUACUUGUCCCAUAGACACUAAAUGGCUCAUGGAAGGUAGUGAGGAAAAGGAAAGACUUUCCCUUGGAAUUUGUUUCUCACGUUUGGUUGCAGAGGUAAAGCAGCAGGGAAAAGGAAUCAAAGAAUUUGGUGAGGAGUUUGGAAGUAUAAUUUGCCUACAAUCCCUUUGCUCACUAAAAUGUGCGGAAACGAAGGAAUUGAUCAUCUGUUGCAGGUCGAAGCGCCCAUUUUAUUUCGAAUUAUAUAGGACUUCCACUGAGAUUUGGCAGUUUGGGAUUUGUGUCUGUGCAGGAAGCAACUGAAGGAGGCAUUCUGGAUCUUUUCUUUGGUCUGAAAUGUGAAGUAUUCGACAUGACUAGGAAGCAUAAAACAACUCUAAUGUUUCGAACUCAGCACAGUUCAUGGGCUGUGCUCUAGAGAGGCUUCAUUACUAUUGGUAAUUGUUCUUUUUUGGUUCAAAGUAUGUUGAUUUAGUCAGAAUCUUUCCUGCGAUGCUUUUGAGUAUAUUAUGCUCUUUCAUUUGAGUUCAUGUUUAUGAUCAGUUUGUGGUUGGAUUGAACACGGUUGAUAUAUUCUGUACAUGUACCAUGAUACUGACUGACAUAAGUGGUCUUGCAAACU